GGAUUUAACGUUGGCGUCCUCCAGCCCACCAGGGGGCAGUAGAGCUCGAGGGUGUUUGUAAAUAUGAGAAGAAGGAAGCGGCGGUGAAUUUGUUCAAUAGCUUCUGCCACAGCAGUGAAAUGGACAAGAAUGACGACCUGGUCCAAGGUCACGGCAGGAAAACGCUGCUCGUCCGCCACUUACCAGCUGAGCUCAGCCAGGGCGAGAAGGAGGACCUGCUCAAGUACUUCGGCGCCGAGGCCGUCAGGGUCUUCUCCGACAGGGGUCGUCUGAAACAUACAGCCUUUGCAACCUUUAGAAGUGAGAAGUCAGCAGCCAAUGCUCUCGCCAGGCUCCAUCAGUUAGAGAUCCUCGAUCACACGCUUGUCGCAGAGUUUGCCAAAAGCCAAGAUCAUGUGACGGUAUUAAAGGAUCCGCCUGUGUCAGACAGUCGGAAAAGUGUUAAGGAAGAGAAGAGGAAGAAACGGGAGACCAAACCGCCAGAUAUUCCCCUCAUAGAAACUGGCAUCGCACCAAGCAUUGGGUUGAAAUUUCAGUCCAAUCCCACUUUGAAAUAUUUAUACCCGCCACCUUCACACAGCAUUCUGACAAAUAUAACGCAUGCCCUGAUGAGUGUGCCAAAGUUUUACGUUCAAGUACUUCAUCUGAUGAACAAGAUGAAUUUGCCAUGUCCAUUCGGCCCAGUGACUGUCAGACCCCCCAUGUUUGAGCUCCUGCCUGCGGCACCGCCCAUCCCGAUGCCCCCUCCCUUCCCUCCUGACUACCCCCCUCUGCCGGUGGAGGGGAUGGAGCUGUCCAGUGAAGAGGAGUCAGAGUACGAGAGCGGGGACGACGACGAAGACAAGGAGAGGAUUGUUCGUCUGAUGGGCCUGGUCAACCAAGCAUGCAAGAGACCCAUGAGACCGAAAACGGCUUCAAAGAGAAAGAAGCCCAAGAUCAAGGAUCUACUCUAUGCUCCUAAACCCGACUCUCAGAGUGCUCCAGUGCUGCAGCCCUGCGAUGUGUUUGAGCAGCCCCACCCUGCCGGGCCGAGGAAAAUUGAAUUCCACAUCUCGGUUCCAGAGGCAGCAUCCACAGUGGAAGGAUGUGGGCCAGGCGAAGAGGCGCAGGCUGACGAAGGCCGAGAAGGGGAUGAGAAGGAGGUCGCCGCCUCUCUCGCCGACGAGCCGGAGGUCACUGAAGGUUUUGGGAAGCUCUACCCCAGCGCUCAGGAGUCGCAACAGCGAGAGGAGCACAGCGACCACGAGCAGGAUCUCGCCUCAGGCGUCAUCUCCAGAAAGGAGCUGGAGAAAGGACGGCUGUCAAGAGACGAGAUGAAAAGGAUGUCUGUGUUCAAAAAUUACGAACCGGGUGAGCCGACCUGCAGAUUGUACGUGAAGAACAUUGCAAAGCAAGUGGAGGAGAAAGAACUGAAGUACAUCUACGGCAGAUUCAUCAACCCUUUGUCAGAAGAUGAGAGAAACAUGUUUGACAUUGUGCUAAUGAAGGAGGGACGGAUGAAAGGGCAGGCCUUCGUAGGACUCCCCAGUGAGUGGAGCGCAGAGAAAGCCCUGCGGGAAACCAACGGCUACAUUCUUUAUGACAGACCCCUGGUGGUCCAGUUUGCCAGAUCUGCACGACCAAAACAAGACGCCGUGGAUUCCAAGAAAGGGCCAAAACAGCGAUGAACUCAACAGAUACCGAGGCUUGAUAUUGUGGCCCAGCAGAACCAUUUGUAUCCUUAUUCCUGCAUAUCCUUUGGAAGAAACACUAAAAAAGAAAUGUGGGCAGUUUUAUUUGUAGUUAUUGCGGCACGCUUGAAAUUCAAACAACAGUACCAUGGUCUAAAUUUAAAAGGAUUAUUUUUGUUUACCUGUGCUAUUCAGGGAAACUGUCCGGCUUCUUUUUACAACGUUCUCUACCUUGUUUGACUGAAUUUCAGGUGAUGGUCGCCGGGCAUCGUCGUCUUCUUUGAUUAUCAAAUAAAGUAUUUUAUAAUAAUACA